UAGUGUUAUCUUUUGUUUUCAGCAUUCGUAAUAACGGAAAUGACGGAAGCACGCGAGUUAAGAUCCUACAGGAGCUACCACGAAGUGGAAAUGCAUCAUUAUACCAUCCCUAGUCAAAUAUCGUUAGCAAGUUGGGAAUUCAAAGCUAAUGGAACAUCGUCGUGCACUUCAAAAAGUAUUUUAGUUUACUUAAGAUAUGGAAGUUUUCCUGUGAUCAAUCCAGAUAAUUCAACUUUCCCUGAUAAAUUUGUUUUGAAUCAGUUGUUUCAAUAUUCUGUGACUAUGGAAACUAAUAAGAUUUCCACUUUCCUUAAUAUUUCAACACCUUGGCCUGGAGAUUGGUUUGCAGCAGCUUUUAUUAAUGACAGCUCUCAGCAAAUAAAACAAAAGGGACUUUAUAGGCCUUGUCAAGCAUGGUUAGCAUCAUUAUUACGAGUAAAUAUAGAAAAUUCUGUAAUUAAUGUAGUUUCAAAUGAAGAACUCUAUCAAGAGAUUUCAAAUCCUACAUUUUAUAAAUUUUAUGCUGGGUUUAAUACUUGGUCUACUAGUAUUGUUAUAAAAGAUUGUAGUUCCAGUUUAGACAACUGUCCAGUGAUGCUCUUAGCACGUCCAUUUGCACUUCCUUCAGUGGAAAAUACAACACUGAAUAGUUUUUCUGUGAAUUGUAGUACAGUAAAACUAUGUAGUGCCAAUAUUAUACCUGCUGAAGAAAAUUUUAAUUAUAUAUUAGUACAUCCAUUGUUUAAUGAAACUGUUAAUUUUACCCUAGAAGUAGCAUUAACAGGUAAGAUGAAUCUUUACUUAUGA